UGCAGCGCUGCACACACAUUGUAAAGUCGGCGUUAUAUGUGUGUGUCUGUAGGAUGAGAUGAGAGCUGGAGCAUGGUGUACAUAGCUCCCGACCUGUGCCAUCCUCACCCACAGACAGUGCUUUGAAUUGUCAGCUCCUGUGACCAGCGAUCUCCGUGUCUCCCCUAUAGACAAUGCCUGCUCCUGUUUUCUGCAGGAUCCCCCCCAGGAGCAUGCCAUUGUGGAAUGGAGUUGACAGCAAGCAGGAUUGCUAGUUUGCCAUCGCAGCCGUUGGAUGGACGGAGUAUUGAUGCUCCUUGGUACCCAUCUGAUGACUGAUCGGGACACUAGUUUGGCACAUCCAUUCUACAGAGGGCAAAGCGUGUCUCCAGGUAAUGGGCAGGAACGUUUCCUGUGACAGGUGCCUUGUCUGAACUGAAUGCACACCUCUCAUCACACAUUGCCUCCAACCAAGGGCAAAGGACACUGACCUGGACCAGCAGCCCCCAACAUUUCAAGGAUCCAAAGAAAAACAGGAAUAAUUAAGUAAGCAGAACACAGACAGGAAGAAGAUGCCAUUCCAUCAUGUGACUGCUGGCUUGUUGUACAAAGGAAAUACCUACUUGAACCGAUCACUUUCCACAGGAAGCGAUAGCGAGCAGCUUGCCAACAUCUCAGUGGAAGAACUAGAUGAAAUUCGGGAAGCCUUCCACGUGUUGGAUCGAGAUGGGAAUGGUUUUAUUUCAAAACAAGAGCUUGGCAUGGCAAUGCGAUCGUUGGGUUACAUGCCUAGUGAAGUUGAGUUAGCCAUCAUUAUGCAACGUCUUGACAUGGAUGGUGAUGGUCAAGUGGAUUUUGAUGAAUUUAUGACAAUUCUUGGUCCUAAACUUGUAUGCACAGAAGGUCGGGAUGGAUUUCUUGGAAACACGAUAGAUAGUAUAUUUUGGCAGUUUGAUAUGCAACGGAUAACACUGGAGGAACUAAAGCACAUUCUUUAUCAUGCAUUUCGUGAUCACUUAACUAUGAAGGACAUUGAAAACAUAAUCAUUAAUGAAGAGGAGAGCUUAAAUGAAAACUCUGGGAACUGUCAAACAGAGUUUGAAGGAGUACAUUCACAGAAGCAGAACAGGCAAACCUGUGUACGGAAGAGCCUUAUAUGUGCAUUUGCCAUGGCCUUUAUUAUAAGCGUCAUGCUGAUUGCGGCCAAUCAGAUUCUUCGGAGUGGCAUGGAGUAGUUUUUCUUUUUUUUUACCAUAGCACUGUGAACAAAAAUAACCAUGCAUGCGCAUGCUUAGGUGAACAUUUUUCUUAAUAUGUAAUGGGAACUGCUGCAAGAACAAUCGUUCUGCAACAAUACAAGGCCAGAAGUUGUGAAGUGGCUUGCGGAACAAUUGAAUCUUCUCGGCGGGGACACAAAAGGGCUGUCUUAAUGCUUUAACAGUUUUGUUUCCUAAUGCAAUAAACCCACAGGAGUUCUGAAUUAUUAUUUCAAAGUUAAAUGAAAAUGCCAUCAUUUUGUACAGGUUCAUAGAUGUCUAUGAGCAACAACAGGUUACAAAACCAACAAUGUUGUCUGUUUAGACUUUAAUCGUUCAUCCUGCUUUUGUCACCAACUUUCAGGAAAGUUUCAAGGUAUAUUCUGCACUGAUAUAUUCACAGUGGCCACUGUAAUGCAUUGCAUACUUAGUCAUUUAACUUCUACUAGUCUACUUGUAUUACCAUAUUGUCAGAUUGUUUAUAUAUAAAUUCUUGUCUCAUGGAAUAUAAUGUUAUUUGGAUGUCUUGGCAAUUUUUGAAAGAACAAAUCUGGUUUCUUUUAUCUACGGUGGUAAAUCUUUUGGGCUUUCUGGAUGAGGGAACAUUCCAUAAUCAAGCUCAUUUAUAAGGCAAAGAGUAACAUGCAAAGUGCAAAACUCCAUAGCAACCAAUCAUAAAAUAUUCAUUUAUAGUUAUAUUACUAUGAAAACAUAAUCACGAUUUACUGCUAUGGGUCACUAUGUAUGUAAUUGUUCUUGCUAUGUUUUUAAAUAUAAAAAGUCUGUAGAAAGUAGCAAACCACAUUUAGCGUAUGUGCACAAGGCUGCUUUCUGUGUAUCUCUGUUGAAUUUGUGCUGUGAUGGCUGCAGCUUUAAUUUGGGCUCAUUGAUUACAACCUGCUCAGGUUCAUAAGGUAUUCAGAGUUACUACUGACUGCACAAGUGUCAAGAAUGGUACUUGCUUCUGACUCUGAUUGCUCCUGCAAAGUAACCCUGACAGCACAGCCAUCCAAGUUCCAUUAUCUUUGAAUUUGACGCAUGGAACAAAGCACACAAAAGUAACCACACAAUUUUUGCGACUAAAAUGCUAAUUUUUUUUU